AUUCCGAAACCACAAGUAUCUUUAGCGAGAGCAGCAGAAACACUGAAGUGCUUUUGCGGGUUGCAAAAUGCUGUUGUCUUGUCGGCUGAGGAGAUGGAUGGCUACGAAGACACAAAUUUCUACUUCAAGGUGAAGGAUUCAGAUGGACAGGUUCAGAAGUAUGUCAUGAAAGUGCACAAUGCUGAAUCCGCUAAUAAAGGUGAUUACAGAAAGGCUCUGAGAGCCGUCCUAACAGAGCUGAACUCCAAGGGAAUCUGCUGUCCACGUCCAAUACUUCCGGCCUCCGGCGAAGGAAAUGUGGAUACUGUAUUCAUUGCUUCCCAGAGCAGAACAAAUGAAGAUCAGUGCCUGCAUGCUGUGAGCCUUUUUGGUUAUGUACCUGGAAAGGAGCUCUUGCAAGCACGGCAGACAGCUGGGCUGUGGACAUCGCUUGGAGUGUUUCUUGGCAGGAUGCACCAGGUCUUGCAGGGAAUGGACUUUCCUGCAUUCCAUUAUGAGUGUGAGUGGCAUCUUUCACAAGCCCCAGAGGCUAUAAAGAAUCAUGCUUCUGCAAUUGGCGACACGUACCAAAGGUGGGCUUGUUCCCAGUCGCGAAUGGCAGGAUGCACCUCCAGGCCAUCACCAUCAAGCCCCCAUGGCACAACACUGCCCUCCUGUGCUGCUGCUUCACUUUCCAUACAAGCUGAUCAAAUUAUCCUGGGUGUCGUCGAUCCGGAUGGCUACCUGGGUUUCGACUGCCCCAUUGUCAUUCCUGCUAAUCGGCUUGCCAGAAGACGGCAGUGCCUGGAUAUGCUAUGA